AAUUUCGACAAGGGUUAGGAGUGUGUUUAUGGGAAUUUUUGACCAUUCUUUCAGAAGCGCAUUUGAGAGGUCAGACACUGAUGAUGGACGUGAAGGCCUGACUCCAGGCUCCGCUCUAAUUCAUCCCAAAGGUGUUCUAUCGGGUUGAGGUCAGGACUCUGUGCAGGGGUUUUUAGGUGGUGGUCUCCCAGAUUACCAUUCUCAAAGUGCAUCCUAUCUCAGCCAAGGUCGUGGAUCAUGGAAUGCACAUGGUACUAAGUAUGGAUUCACCACCAGAAUGUGUGCUCGCUGUCUCCUCUGAGGCACCCCUGUCCCCUCCUUCAAUGCCCUCGGUAGAUCACAGUCCUCACUCUUUACCCCAAAGCCCUCAAUCUGCCCCUUCCAGCCCUUUGAGUACCCCAUAUGCACCUCUGUCACCCUUUGCCCUUGCUGAUGCCAACCAACAAGAUGAAGAGGAGGAUGAAGAGCUGUCAUCGCCAUCAUCUCCCACUCCGGCUGUUGCACUGUUUCCAGGGGAAGAGCAGCUGUGUAGUCCCUCUUUGGAGAGCAGUCCUCCGGCCACUCCAUCAGCACCACUGCCUGUGUUUGGAGCACUGGAGCAGGCCCUCUCAUCCGGGGCUACUGCCACCUGUAGUGAUGAGUUGGACCUGCAGCUUUUCAGCAAUGACGGUGUGACUGUCCAAGGAGGUCCUACCACAGGCCCCGCUCUCAGGUUUCCUUGCCACGUUUGUGGAAAGAGGUUCCGUUUCCAGAGCAUUUUGUCCCUCCAUGCUCGAGCUCACAGUUUGGACAGGGACCGUAGGGCCUCUGCCCUCUACAAGACUGUACAUGCUAAACCCCAACAGAACCAUGUGAGUGAUGGUGUGAUUCGGAACCACAACAGGGACAUCCACCUGAGUUCAGUCUCCAGGUCACUACAUCUGAAUCGAAGAGAAGAGGCUGUUCCAGAGGAGCCUCUCCAAACUGCCAGCAGCCCUCAGUUCCUGAUGGAUGGAACCAUAUCUCUGACUCCACCUCUUACAGAAGAAGCACCAGCAUCUUCUACCUUUUCUCCUAUAGGCCCUGUUGUCACUGAAGAGCCCACCCCUUCUGGCACAGCUUCUGCCUUUCGCUGUCAUGCCUGCAAGGGUAAAUUCCGCACAGCCUCCGAGUUAGCUCGUCAUGUUCGAAUCCUCCACAACCCAUACAAGUGCACACUGUGCCCCUUUUCUGCUAAUCAAGAGGAACGUCUAGCCGCUCACCUGCAGGAGAGCCACCCACCUGAAGAUCCUGUGCCACCUCCCGUCUUCCCUUCCCGCCCUGUCACAGCUCCACCACAAAUGCCUUUGCCACAAGCGCCUGCUCUUCCAGCCUUCCGUUGUGAGACCUGUGGUCAGCGCUUUACCCAGUCCUGGUUCCUGAAGGGCCAUAUGCGCAAGCACAAGGACUCCCUUGACCAUAAGUGCCAGGUCUGUGGUCGUGGCUUCAAGGAGCCCUGGUUCCUCAAGAACCACAUGAAAGUGCACCUCAACAAGCUGGGCCUAAAGGCUGGCCUGGGGAAUCUAGGACCUUCAGGAUCUGACCAAUCCAAAUGUCAUGGCAACCAGGCUUUAGGGGCACUCUACUCUAACCUACUCUUGGCACGCAGUAUGGCAGGUGGAGGAGGUGGGAGAGGUAAUCGGACAGAGAGGUCAGAAAUAAGUGCAGGCUCAAGCAAGUCUUCAAUGUGGGGUUACCUGGGGUUGCCAAAUGACAGCAGUGGUACUAGCUGCAUGGAACGCCUUCAGGCAGUGGCUCAGGUGGCCGAGAUGGGUAAUGGAGGAGAGAGAGGGGGAGAAGCACUGGAUGGAGAAGAGCAGGCAGCCAUGUGGCAGCUGGUUGCUCGCAGCCUGGCAGCAGUGCAGCAAAGCCAGCAACAGCAGCAGCAGCAGCACCAGCAGCGGAGAUCUCAGGCGCAGCACCAGCGCCCUUCCUCACAGGGUACUGUUGCUGGGGAGGCCGAGCAGGUACGUGCCUACUUGGGUGGCCUUGGUUUCAAAGAGGAAUUGGAGGCUUCUGGGGCCCCCUGGGAAUGCCCUGAUUGUGGGAAGCUUUUCCAGAAUCUUCAGCAGGUAGUGGCUCAUGCUCGUGUUCAUGUUCAGAAGCAGCAGAAGUAUCCAAGUGCUCGAAGUGGUGCAGGGAAAGAAGAGGAUAGUGCACAUAAGACUGUAGGACCUCAAGGAGGAGGAGAAGGAGGAAGAGGAGGAGGGGGUCGAGGAAGUGGAAAUGAAUGCAGACACGAGUCCAAACAUCACCAGUCAGGAGUGGGAACAGCUGGAAGUUUCCAAUCUGUUAUAACACACCUUUCUAGGGAGAAUGGACUGGGGGUACCAUCAGGACCUUCCACAGCUCCGAGGGAGCGUGUGCGGGGUACAGGAAUGAAGGAUUGCCCCUACUGUGGUAAAGCUUUCCGCUCCUCCCACCACCUUAAAGUACACUUACGUGUGCACACAGGUGAGAGACCAUACAAAUGUCCCCACUGCGACUAUGCGGGAACCCAGUCUGGCUCUCUCAAAUACCAUCUACAGCGGCAUCAUCGUGAGAGGAAUGCGAUGGCAACCUCUCCGAGCUCCUCCUCUCCGAGCCUCCCAUCUUCACUGACUGGAUCUCCAAGGGAAGCAACCCUAAAACAGCGUCGACCCCCCUCAACAAACCAGGGAUCAUUUGGGAUGGGUUCAACAGAAAUCCCCACAUCCAGACGCAGCCAGAUGUUGGUCCCUGGACCUCUAGAAAAGAAAGAUAGUCCUCAUAAGCCCAGAGCUUCUCAGAAAGAAAGAGAUUUGGAGAGUCAGUACCGUUUUCUGUCUGGGAUGAUGGGAGAACUCUACCAGGGUGGACUAGAAGGAGGCUGGACACCACCUCCAAAAAUGCCUAAAGUGUCCAGACGUAAGCCUCUUGUUACGAGUCGUAUGGUGCCGGCUAAUGGAUAUCAGAGCAGCAUGGCAUCUAGUGCUUCCCAGGAAUGUGGAUUUGAGCCUUUGGACCUCUCACGCCGCCCUAUGCAUGGAAUGGGCGCAAUAGAACAAGAUCUAGGAGCAGUAAGUAGCUCUGGAACUCCACCAUCAGGAGGAGCAAGAGAAGGCGAUGACACUCUGAGCCAGUGUGUGUUCUGUCCAUUCCGAACCUCUUCUGUUGAAUUGAUGGCCAUGCAUCUACAGGUCAACCACACCAGCAAGUCCCGCCGUAAACGUGGAGCUUCUGUGACCACUGACAGCCACUCCCCUAGAAGAACCCUGCCUGGGUUGAACCGUGACCCUUUGGCACUGUGGAAGUUCCUCAGUGAAGGGGAUGGGGUCAUGGCCAUGGAGGACUGGGUGAGAUACAGGUCAAAGGCUGGAAAUGGGGUCACCUUGGAAGAUGAGGAGCUGGAGAGAUCUCUGAACCAAGUCAGAAAUGUACCAUCAGUUCUGGGAAACAUCAAGACCACAAAACAAGGGCUUAAACUGGGAGAAUGUGAGAAUACUGACGAGGAAGAAGGAGACGACGUGGAGGAUGGCCUGGAAGCAACCAGCAGCCCUGAAAACUACUCUCAACAGGACAUAAGAAAGGAUGUGUCUGAGUCUCCAGACAUGAUGCAGGAUGAUUUGCCCAUAGAGGAGGAACAACUGAUGGGAGACUAAGAUGUUUCAAAAGCUCCAGUGGAAGGUGGAUCAGGAGGGAAGGCUGUAUAGGCAAACUUAGAGGCUGAUCAUGUUCUCUCCAACACAAGGCCAUCAUGUCCAUAUCACAAAUACGUAGAUGUGCUUCUCAAUACCUUCCUCACACUUGAAAUCCCCCCUUAUUGGUUACACAUCAGGUUAUUCACCCACAAUCACAGACAAGCAAACAGAAAUAUAUCCAGUAUUGUAUGCUAGUCUUAGCCUGCCUGUCCAGGAGCCCUGAGGCCUUCUUGACUACUGUCAUUGAAUUGGUGUCUUUUUUGUCAGUGAAGAUGACUGCCAAGUUGUAUUUCUACGCAGGUUUCUUGCUACUGUGAGUCUUUCUCUUGUCACAGCACAUCCAGGAAUGUCAAUCUUUAGAGCAGGAAAAUGCAAAAAAUGAAAAAAAAAAGCAAAAAAAAAAAGAAAAGAGAAACACUAAAAUGUACAACAUGAUAUUCUUUUUUUUUUACUAACAGAACAUCUUAAAUAGAAAAAUGGCUAGUUUAAUGCAAAGGCCAGAUGUAUUGUGCUACUUCCACUUGACUGACAUUUUGACAACACUUUUACCAUGAACCAAAGGGGUGGUCACACUUCUUACCACACAUUUACCAGGCUGUGAAGAGUAUGCUGUGAUGACUGAAUGGUACUGAUGAUGACCACAUUUAACAAUGCUGGACAAAGAUUAUUUUCCCCACAUAUCCACACUGUCAGGUAGAUCUGGCAGGUCCUCUACAGAUAUUAUAUGAAACAGAAAUUCUUCUACUUCUAUACUCUAUUUGUCUCAGUGCCUGGUGAUGUAUAUGUUUUUUUAAGGUCGUUCCACACAGGAAAAUAUAUACAGUAAAUAUAAUACAAUAUAUGCUUAAUAGCUGUAGACUGUAGAGAGUUCUGGCAGAACAUUGUGGUGGCAGUUUGCGUGACCGUGUCCGUUGUGGAUGGAAGAAUGGAACACUCUAGAGCAGUCUGAAAUCGACACGCAAGAACAGCUGGCCAGUUGCAAAAGGCCAUAUGGCAGUGUUUACAUCAGAAAUACCACUUUUUUUUUUUAACGAAACCAGAUCGUCAUCGCCAAGGAAACUUUAAGGAUUGGGAUCUUGUUUCCAAGUUUGAAACUAAACAUGUCGACAACAUUGAGUUCGACUUCAAGAGACUUGGUCGGUAAUUUUUUUCUUUACUCUCUCUCACUUGCAACCCACCUGAGAGCAGGCGAGGAGAAACAAGUCCCAAAAAAAGCAGCAGGACAAAUCUGAGGAAAAAGAAAAUAACCUGAGUAUGCCGUCUUUUAGAUCCAUAGUUUUUUUUUUUUUUUUAAAAGCAAUGACAAGAAACUAUUAAUAAAAAAAAAAAACACUAACAACUUCAUAGACAUCCCAGUAGAAAAUGUGUAGCUUUUAUUAAGAUAAAAAAAAGAAAAAAAAUGUUAUUUUAAUUUCAAGAAGAGUCUUAAAGGUUAAAGUGAUAUGAGUAUCAGUAAUAAUAAUGAAUAUAAUGGUUGUGAUAGAAGACUGGUUUGCAAUGUCUUAAAAAAAAAACACUGUGCAAAGUUUGUUAUUUUCCCAAAGUAGGAUUUUGUUCGCCUUUAAAUUCUAGACCAAACUUUUUUGUUUACGAGUUCUUGUUAACAUUGAGUCACUUUCGUUUGAAGUAAUGCUGCAGAUUCAGAUCUCUGCUCCUAAUCAUACGAGAAAUUGAUCGACCAAUCAGUAGUUUGUUGAUGAAAUCAACUGACCAAUCAAUGACCCGAUCAGACAAACAAUCAAAGUGAAAUCUAGCAUUAAAGUGCUGGCAGCAUAAUGCAUGUGAUACCUUAUUUAUUGAUUAUUAAUAAAAGUGUGUCAAACACACGCCGUCAGUCUGACUGACUUGCAUCAUAAGGAUGUGAUUUUUCCGUCAUGCACUUGUGUCACGUUUUUAUUCCUGCUUUUCCCAGCAGAUGUGUCGCAAGCUAUCGAGUCCCCGCUCUCUGUACGCGACUAACUCGUCCCAUCCUCGCGCUACCUAACCCUGAAGCGUUCCCAGUCGUGGUCUGAUCAUCACUACCCCGAAAUCAGUAUGAUUAGACGAGCUGUACCUUAGUCCUGCCUCGUGUGCCACUCGUGAACAGAGAUGGGUACCAGUGAUUGUGACUGCUGGCCUUACUUUCUAAAUGUGCAUUAUUGUGUUCUUUUGUGUGUAGAGCACCUUAUGAGUUUGGUAGCCCCUGAUGUGGUGGUCCUUAAAGAUUCCACUCCAAGCCACUGUGCCUUCUGUCCUGCGCACUUCCUCAAGUACUUUCUAAUCUCACCAAAAGCACCUACAGUAAUCCAUACUGUAUCUGUUUUCCCCUCUUCCCUGUUUCUCUCCCUCUCUCCCCUUUUCCUUACUCCUCUGACAUCAAGUACAGUUUUGUUUCAUGACUAUUUAUGUCAUUAUUUAUUCUGUGUAUUAACUUCAUUCCGCACCAUCCCCUUCCGACUUUCUCUCCUCCUUUCACAGACACCACUGGAAGGUGACGUACUCUCUAGCAUCGAGGCCUUUUUUUUUAGAUGUUGUAUUCAUUUCUGUGAUGUUCAUUUGCCAAUGAGAUGGGAUCAAGCUCUUCUUCUUAUAAUUAUUUUUUUUGUUGUCUUUUUGUCAGUUUGUUUUUUGGUAUUACAAAAAAAGAAAAAAAAAAGAGAAAAUGUGUCUGUUUGCUGUACAGAUAGAACUAGAGAUGUUGUGUUUCUAAGAAGAACUCCAACCACAGUGCCAGCCUUCCAGCUCUCCUGCCGGGGAACGUGGAACCUGCCUAUAUAGACUGCGAGGAUCAGGUCAAUAUGAAUCUCAGCAUAGUUUCUUGACACAUUAAGCCCCCCCACCCUGUAUAAUUGCUCAUCUGUAAGGCAAGGCAAACAGUGGAUGAUGCUUAUCUAUGGCACAGUAGCUACCUGCUUUGCUAACAGAAGCUACGCUGAUGAUGUGGCAUUAAAAGUAACUACGUGGCAGUCAUCAGUAUUAACAGACAGCAAAGACUAACAGGUUAUAAGGCUGACCCGGGUGUCUAGAAAUCAUCCAGAAAUCAGAUUUUCGCCACUAAUUCAAAAACAAGGGUGCAGUGUUCUAGGUAAUGAGAGCUGGAGGACAGGUCUGGGUUUGAACUCUCAAGUAGUUGACUGCUAUUGCAGUGAAGGGGAAACUGAUCUAACAUAGUAGUGACUAAUAUGAAACUGUGGACUGAGGAAAAAAAAAUAGUAGCGAAGAUUCAAUAAAACAAGAAAAAUAUGUUAA